AUGGAGGCAUUGAUGGAGGAGCUCAUUGAAGAGAUUCUCCUCCGCACCCCACCGGAUGAGCCUGCAUACCUCAUGCGAGCUACCCUUGUAUGCAAGGCCUGGCGCAUCAUCCUCUUCAAUCGUGGCUUCCUCCGUCGCUAUCGUGAGUUCCACAAAACACCGCCCCUGCUUGGCUACCUAUUCUACUACAACACCAGCAUUGUUCCCCAAUUUGUCCCUAUAUCUCUUGCCUCCACGUUCUCCCCACCAGAGGCUUAUGAUGACCGGACAUGCCUCGAUUAUCGCCAUGGUCGUGCUAUCUAUAUUUACGCCCGAAGGAGUUACAUCAUAUGGGACCCCAUUACUGGCGACAAGCACCUAAUAAUGGUGCCUGCCACAUACCAUCACUCCUACUACACUAUAAUGGAGCGCGGCUACUACUGUACUGCAACGGUGCUCUGUGCCGUGGAUGGCUGUGAUCACCUCAACUGCCAUGGUGGUCCAUUCCACGUCAUCUUUGUGGAGACAUACAUUGUCAAUGGCGUGCUUGUCGCAUGGACGAGCAUGUACUCUUCGGCGACUUGUACAUGGAGCACCUCGACCUCCAUUAAUGUUGAUAACCACAUCGAUGGGACACGUUGUCUUCUCAUUGGUGCCUCACUCUAUGUCCCCCUUGAGCAUGGCAUAAGCAUACUCAAGUAUGACCUGAGCAGCCAUGGUCUGUCCUUGGUCAACACGCCGAGAAUGUCUAGGGCCAUUAUGAUGAAGGCAGAUGAUGGAGGACUCGGGUUCGCUGUCGUGUUAGAGAAUUGCAUCUAUCUGAUGUCAUGGGAAGCUAGUGCUAAUGGCAUUGGUGGAUGGGCACAACAAAAGGCUAUUGAGCUGGAGACAUUGCUCCCCAAAUCUCUUGACCCAUCAUACCCUCAUGAAGUGAUCGGUUAUGUUGAGGGCACACACACUAUUUUCAUCAGCACAGAUGCAGGACUCUUUACACUAGAACUCAAGUCAGGGCUGUUGAGGAAGGUAGGCAAAAGAGAUGCCUACUACAGCAUCAUACCUUACACGAACUUCUACACUCCAGAUCUUGCCAAGGGCAGAUUGUCACCGCCUUGA